AUGGUCACAAGAAGAGCCACGAAACGCUGGAGCAUGGUCCUUCAUCAGACCGCGAUUCGAAAAUUCUUUAGGAAUUUCUCCAGUAUACGCCGGCAGACCGGAACUCGCUUGGACCGCGACGGCAAUCGGUGAACAUCACGCAAAAGAAGAAGAAGAAGUUAUCAGAAAAACUUUUGAAAUAUAG